UCAGAAUUUCAUCACUCACAUCCGCACUAGUCCACUGGCCAGCUUUGUCUCCUCUCACCGUCACUGACAUUUCUCCUCACGCGCUCGUUCCUCGUCGCCCUUCCUAGUUUCCCAGCUUUCAUGUACAGUUCUAUCAUAAGGCCUCCCUACCCUUCUCCCUAUUCCCCAUCCCUGAACCGUCACUUACAGCAUCGACCGUAACCUCUCGUCGACCAGCCACCUCUUUCCACCUUCCGCUCGUUUUAUCCAUCGGUCGCUCUUCGCGUGUUCUCCUGAUCCGGUGACCUCCUACUAAUCGCGAGUUCCGACUCGCCAUGGCGGCCGACAUAGCCGCGCGCUCCUCCCUCCCGCCGCACCACAUGCGACACGACCUGUCCGCGCCACGCUCGCUCGAAUCGCCUUUAAGGAGCCGAGGAUCCUACGCCAACCAAUCAGAACCAUCCUUCUCCGCCCAACCCCACCACCCACACGACUUCUCGCGGCAGCAGAUGCAGCAGUUACCCUCCGCGACCGCCGCCGCGUCACACGCCGCUUCACACGCCGCCUCCUCCGGUCCCAUCACUCCCGCACCUCCCGCCGCGGCGAUCCGCUGGAUUCGCGGGCCGGGCCUAGGCGGCAACCCCACCGGCGGUAAGGUCAGCCUCGCGUUAAACUCCGACACGGGCGAGGUCUUAGUAGUUAAGUCCGUGGCGAUUAAUAGCCUCCCGAAGGCCAUGCGCCUGCUGGAGAAUGAGCAGGCGAUCCUCGAGGAACUCCGAACCUGUCCGCGCGUGGUUCGGCUGCUAGGCUCGGCAUGGGAAUCCGACCCUACGUCCGGAGCUCCGGUGAAGAAUCUGUUUCUGGAGUACGUUUCUGCGGGGAGCGUGCUUGACAUCAUGGGCACGUUCGGCUGCUGCGGCGACAGCGGAAGCGGGGGAGCGGGCGGAAGCGGGGGUUGCGGAGGGCUUCCGGAGCCGCUGGUGCGGAAAUACGCGCACGGGGUGGCGGAAGGGCUGGCGGAUCUGCACGCGCGGGGGAUCGUGCACUGCGACGUGAAGGCGGCGAAUGUGCUUGUAGCGGGGGCGGAAGGGGAGACGAAGCUGUGUGGGCUGGGCGCGGCGAUGCGCGCGGGGGAAGCGGGGCAGCGCAUCGCGCGCAAUCAGCGGCUGGCGGGAACUUACGGCUGGAUGGCGCCGGAGGUCGUGCGGCAGGAAGAUCAAGGGUUCGCAUCGGACGUCUGGUCUCUCGCGUGCACGGUGAUCGAGAUGGCGACGGGCUUGCCGCCUUGGGCCGGCCAGCUGCCGCCGGCCGGUAACUUAGACGGCGAGUACGUCGGCGAGCCGUCGCCUGACGCGCUGCUGCACGCGAUUGGGUAUUCCAACGCGACGCCGGCUAUUCCGGCGCAUCUGUCGGCGGAAGCUGUCGGGUUCCUGCGGAGAUGCCUGGAGAGAGAUCCCGCGCGACGGCCCUCCGCCGCGCAACUGCUGGAACACCCGUUCCUCCGCGCAAGCGGGCUCGGUUCCGCGUGCCCCGCGCCCACCGCGUACCCUGUGGCGCAACAAGCUGCGCGCCCGCCCAGUGGGGGGCGCGGAAGCGGGGCGAGGCCGAAAGAGGAGAGCGCGGGGCCGAGAGCUGGCGCAGGGGGAAACUGGGCACGCGAAGGGUGGGGGGCAACAGGCGCGGAAGGGGGCUACAGUGGAGGGCGGGAAAGGGGGGAGUGGGGGGAGUUGGGGGAGGAGAAGGAGGAGAAGGAGGGGGAGGGGGAGGGGGGGCAGAUGGAGGGGUAUGGAUGGGAGGAUAUCGGUGUGAGCUUCGGCCCCAGUGGAGCGGAAGGGGUUCUUCCUAGUGGCCCUUCGCACCCCUCGCUGGGAUAUGCUCAGACCGAUCCAGGGCUCAGACCGAGAGUUAUUCCAGGCUCAGGCGUUGCGCUGUCAGGUGGAAAUUCAGGUGGAAACUCUGGGGGGUUUUCGCCUGGAAGGCUGGUGUCCCAGGGCAGCCUGCCACCGGACGGCAACCAGUUACCACCACUUCGCAAAUCGCCUCUGCAGAGGUCGCAGUCCCAGCCAGGGCAGGUGAUCCUGGCGAACACAGGUAACAGUAACACCAGUAACAGCAGUAACAGCAACAAUUCGCCCUCGCCUCCACGUCCUGCCACUCAAAAGCCAACGCCAAAAGCACCCCCUCCCUACGUCCCACCGCCGGUUCCUUCCAUCCCCGCGAACCCACCUGCCCCCGGCCCACUCUUCCACCCAUCCGGCAUCCGCAUGGGCCCCUUGAUGAGGCAGAUCUCCAAGGAGCAAGUGGCUUUAAGAGCCGCCAUGGCUGCCGCUGCGGCAGCUGAUAAUGGUGGUCCUAGAUGCAGCCAGGAGAGGAGCGGUAACAGCAGUAACCAGGGGUCGGCAUCUGCAGCGCCUGUACCUCCUUUGCCUGGGAGGGUAGGCCCGGGCCGAUCAGCGCACCAGCGGUCCAGUUCUGUGCAAGGUGACUUUGUGGGAGGUGACUCUAGUGGAAGUCUCGGUUCUGCGAAUUGUCCUGGUAUGGAUAGACCUUCAGGGCGAUUGGUUAGAGGCUCGUCUGGUAUCCUACCAGGAGCGUCUCCGGCUCAGAUUAGUGAGUUUCAACAUAAUGGUUGUUAUGUUGAAUCUGGUGGUGUAGAUAGUGGGAGAGGUGGUGGCGGCAUGGGUGGUGGUGGUGGUAGUAGUCCGGGGGGACUCAAGUCGUGCCUGAGACGAACGAGCUCGUGUGUGCAAGGGGCCAGUGGUGGGAAUGAUGUGGGCGGGAGUCUGGGAAGAGGCAUGGGGGGGAGAGCAGGGGAGAGUGACUUGCAGCGGAUGGGUUCCUUAACACAGGCGAAGAAGACAGUAGCAUUUGGUGCGAAUUGAAUUAGAUGCAUAUUGGUGUUUGUACAGGGGGCUCGUUUUCUGCAUUAUGAUGCUCCUAGUUGGAAAUACAACGCAUGGUUAUAUCAAGUUAUGCUAUACGAAGUAGUGAAGGUGGAUGAGGAGUCUAGUUUCGGUUACAAAGGUUCAAAUCGCACUGACGGUGUUCGCAGAAUUGUCUCAGACUAGAAAAGUUGUAACUAGAAU